GCGCGGGGCGCAGGAGGCGCGCGGGGCUGGAGAGGAGCGCGCACCCGCCUCCGCUCCGCCUCCGUCCGGGGGCGCGGGCGCGGUGGCCCCGGCGGAGGAUCGCAGGGGGCAGGGCCGAGACAGAGAGGAGGGGCACCGGGGGAAGCGGGAGCGAUAAAAGGAGGCAAGGCUGCCCCACCCCGAGGCAGGCCGGUGGGCAGGCUCUUGCGUCCCUUCCGUCCGGCCUGUGCCGGCGGCGGGGAGGCGCGCGGCCCGCUGCCGGCCCAUGGAGGCUUUCCCUUGGGCGCCACGCUCGCCCCGCCGCGCCCGCGCCCCCGCGCCUAUGGCGCUCGUGCCCAGCGCCCGCUACAUUAGCGCCCCGGGCCCGGUGCACCCGCAGCCCUUCAGCUCCUGGAACGACUACCUGGGGCUCGCCACGCUCAUCACCAGGGCUGGAGACCGCAGCUCCCCGCCCUCCUCGUCCCACUGCUCCUCGCACGAAAGGUCCGGGCCCUUGGCGGCGGGGCCCACGCUUGAGCCGCCCGACGACGAAGAGGACGACGAUGGCGAUGAGCCAGGGGCUCGGGACCGCUACCUGGGCAGCGCGCUGGAACUGCGCGCGCUAGAGCUGUGCGCCGGCACUGCCGAGGCCGGGCUGCUGGAGGAGCGCUUCGCUGAGCUAAACCCGUUCGCAGGGCGCGCCGCCGCGGUUUUGCUGAGCUGCGCGCCCGCCGCCUCCGCCGCCCCCACGGCCGAGGUGACGCCGCGAGAGGUGCCGGGCCCUGCGUGGGCGCCCGAGCCUCGUCUGCACGCGGCCUCCGGGGCGGCCGCCGCACGUCUGCUGAAACCAGAGCUGCAGGUGUGUGUGUUCUGCCGAAACAACAAGGAGGCGGUGGCGCUCUACACCACACACAUCCUCAAGGGCCCCGACGGCCGAGUGCUCUGCCCGGUUCUGCGCCGCUACACGUGCCCCUUGUGCGGUGCCAGCGGCGACAACGCACACACCAUCAAAUAUUGCCCGCUUUCCAAAGUGCCACCGCCUGCUGCCCGCCCGCCGCUGCGCAGCACCAGGGACAGCCUGCCCAGCAAGAAGCUGCGCUAGAACCGGGCUGUGGACACCUGAAGUCAUGGUCGCGCCUCCUUUCCUGUGACUCAACUUUGCAAGUGGUCUUCGUUUUGCGGAAGCCGGCGGGGCGCAGCAGUCUCCAGCGGAAUGGUCGGGUCUCUGACGUUGAAAUCUUGAAUUUUGUCUCUAGUUUCUAAAAGCGCGCAUCCAGAACCGUGAGGACUGAACGAGUAUGCCACCGGCUUUAAGUGGCUACUGGAGUUGCUUAUUGUAUACGUCGGCCUAUUUUAGGUGCGCAUCAUUAUGAAAUUGUCUCUGAUUUGGGAUGUUUCGUUUCAUGAAUGGAGGCACUUUAUUAGGUCUAGAGUAUUUUUUAAUAGCCUCUGAACUUUAGUGUGUAAAACUAACCAUUUUAUGGAAUGUCGGCAAACGUCUAUUUUGUUUGAUGCAAUUUAUUAACUUUUUAAGUUUGUCCUUACUCUAUUUGCAGGUAAAACAAUUCAGUACACGUCCCAGUAUUAAUUUAAGAGGGUGUUCCUCAUCGUGACUUGUUUCUGUCUUAACUGGGAGGUUUAAAGGCACAAUCUGUAGCAGGUAGAAUCGUUCUUAACCUUUUAUGUAUCCGAUAUUCUACUGAAUUAAUAAGUAGCCCUUCCUACCCUUAAAAUUAACUGUGCCAAGUCCUAAUCAUGUCAUGUUCAUAUUUGGAAAUGGUGCUGUUUAAGAGACUUGUGUAUAUAUACAGUGACAGUAUACGAAUCCAUUAAUCUCCCCUGCAACUCCUACUUAGCAUUUCCUCUAUGCACCAUUCCCCAACCUGUCCAAUUCUUUAUCAUGUCUGAUGCUAAAAUCAGAAAGGAGGAAACCCAAGAACAGUGCUUUAAUUCACCUUGAUUGUUCCAUUUCAGGCUUCCUAAAUAGAAAAUGGGAAACUAUGAAGCAAUAAUAACCUGAGAUCCAGAAGGUUGUACUCUGGGCUGUCUGCCUUCAGAUAUACAGGUGUGCCAAAAUAAACACCAUUUAAAGGCUCUAAUAAUUAGGGUUGGAUGCAAGUAUCAUGACCUUACUGGUUAUGAUUCCACUCUUACUGGUCUGCUUCCAGAACCUGAUCUUGAGGCAAAAGUUCCUAACCCCUUAUUUCCAGUAAAUCCAUCACAUUGAAUGCUGGACUAUGGCAUAUAACUGCCAUCCAGACAGAAGAGGCAAAGAUGGAAGUGAAUUAAGAUAAACUCAGACAUAACACUAUCUGAAAAUACCAGGCAAGAGUAUAUAAAACUUCCGGUAGUCAGAUUAGCUACAGUACUGAGUAGACUUUCAUAUGAAACUUAAUUUUGACAACUGGCUUCCCAUGUACCAGAGAGUGAUAUAAAAAUACUGAAUAGCUGUGCACCCUUUUGGUAAAAGGGGGUAGGGGCCACAGGGUACAUCAUAUCAUAUACAAGGAGAAGGGGUUGAUGGAAAGACAUUUUUAGCAAGGAAGAAAAUACCCGUUGCAGCCCCACAGAACUGCAGAUUCCACUCGGCCUGGGCCUAAACUUAAGUAACAAAGCAUGUAGUUUCUUGUUCUUUUGCUAAAAAAUAAACCAUUUGUUUUGGGGCAAAGUUUUUCAAGUUAACAUAAAUUCACAUUCUUUCCCUUAACUGGUCUGUUUUUCAAAAACUGAGCAUUCCCAAAGGCAAGAUCAAGUCAUUCAGCUCUUUGAACUUCACUACACAUGCCUUGGUGGAACUCCUGAAUUUCAAAGAGCACACACCUUACCCAAACCAGGGGUGUUGAGAUAUGCAUUCCUGUUCAGUGGGUGGUACUAAGGCGACCCCAAAAAACGUGCUCACAUUAAGUAUCUGUGAUACCAACAAAUGGGGAAAUGGCUGAGUUCUAUCCCCAGCACCCACAUAAAAUAUGGGAAUGGCAAUAUGCUUAUACUCCCAGUGCUGGUUGACGCAGAGGUCAGCCUCGCUGAAAACCCUAUCUCAUGUUAGGUGGGCUCAUGAAGACUAUCCCCUCUGAGGCUGACCUCCACAUAUGUGCACAUUUAUGUGCAGUUUUGGGUGAUUUUUUUUUUAAAGCUAUGGUCUUAACCACAGGGGAAGCAGGCUAGCUCCAGGUUUGGAGAACUUCAAAGAAACACCUUGUGUGAACAAAAAAAAAAAAAAAGUGGAAUGUGGGGGCUGGAGAGAUGGCUCAGAGGUUAAGAGCAUUGCCUGCUCUUCCAAAGGUACUGAGUUCAAUUCCCAGCAACCACAUGGUGGCUCACAACCAUCUGUAAUAAGGUCUGGUGCCCUCUUCUGGCCUUCGGCAUACACACAGAUAGACUAUUAUAUAAUAAAUAUUACAAAGAACAUGUAUACACAUCCCAUACAUGUUCUCCACCCUAUACUAAGUCAAUUUACCAGCUAAUUCAAAGUCUUCGAUAUAAACAAAAAAUACUGGUUUUUCUAGUGUUAGAGCUUGAGAGGAAAUAGACCCUUGGAGCCAGGUAUGAGCCUUUAAUCCUAGCACUCCUGAGAAGUGCUAAGAAUUCCUAAGAAAUCCUUGGAAUGUGAUGUGACAAUUUAUAAAGGUUCUGUAAAGAUGUUUACAGUAGAAACUCAAGUUUAGGGCUAGAGAUACACUCAGUAGUAGAGCACUUGCCUAGAAUGCACAAAACCCUGGGAUCAAUCCCCAUAACAGAGAAGUAAAUGAAACUUAAGACCCAAAGCUUAAUACAAAACUGUGACAAGGUUGGCUUCUAUGGUUGAACCACAAAAGGUACAGCCCUGUAACACCUUUUCCAUGAGCACAAUAGGCUGUGCUAUGCUUUAGCCUGUCUGUCCAAACUUGUUAAUUCUAGUGGCUUUUUACUCCCUUGUACUUUAUUUUUCCUACAAAACCCUGUUCAGAAGUUAAAUAGCUUUGAUUAGAACUUUUGUCAGAUAUAUUAAACCAAAACCAUGUAUUUCAAAACUACCAAAUGUAUUUCAGAUUAAUUUUGUUGUCUUAAGCGCCUUGGUAAGAACAUUCCCUCCAGUGUCUUGUAGUUCUGUUGUAACAGCCAAAAUAUCUUUGGGGAAAAUACAACAUAUGGAAGUACAGUUUUUGAGACUGCGUCUCACCAGCCAAUGCUGACCUGGAGAUUUCAGUAUCCUUCUGCCUCCCCCAACAAAGUUCUGAGAUUAAAUGUCAUGUGGUAC